AUGGGAGCCGUCACGUCCGAGUCCAACAGCGAGGCCACAGAGGGGCCAGAGGAGCCCCUACCGCCGCCGCCGCCGCCUAAUCCCUCCGCGUCGCCCGGCGAGGGCACGUCGAAGAAGCGCAAGAAGGCCGGCAGAGACAUGUACCGCCUGCGUAUCGUGCCGGAGUGGGUGACCGACUUGAUGACGACGGAGGGCGGCACCGACAUCCACUUCAUUGCCGAGAAGACCAUCGAGAAGUCCGACCUGGCCUCGCAACAGAACCGCUUCUACCUCCCCAAGGACUUCGUCAAGGCCAACCUCGUCCCCAUGCUCUCGGAGUUGGAACGGGAAUCCGCCAGCCUCGUCGGCGACGACAGAAAGAGGAGCAGGGUGACCGAGGGAGCCAAGGCAGAGAAACGGAAGGCGAAGGUGUCUGGAAGGGAGCACGGCGGGCUGCCCGUGGUGGUGUUCACCAGGUGCAGGUUCCGGUGCUACCUGAAGCUAACCCGCUGGGACGGCAGCGCGGGCACCGUCAUCAAGGGCGACGAGCUGAAGUACUUCGCGCUAUGGAGCUUCCUGAAAGAGGGCGACGAGGUAGAGACGUGGGCCUUCCGUCGAGGAGGCGACCUAUGCUUCGCCAUUGGGAAGCCGACCGCGUCGUCCUCCAGCUGCGGAUCACGUCAUGCGGAGAGACCGCCAUGCGCACUUCCUUUGCGCUUUCUGUAA